CAAAGUGCAGAGCGUGACUGUGAACGUGCUUGUGACGGCACGCACGGUUGCUGUUGUUUUUCUAGUUUCGGGUGGCUGUUGUUAUACAGUAGUUUGUUCGAUUAAGCGAAGGACUAAACGGUGUAGGUUUUUCUUUUUCAUCCUUGGAGUGCUUUUACUCGUCAAUGAAUCAGCUUCUAAUGCGUGAGUGAGUGUGUGAGUGUGCCAAAAAAAAGGGACUAUUUCUUCAUCUGCGUGUUUGUGUACGUGAAAAAGGACACGUGAUCGAUGCGCUAGCACGAAAACAACAACAAAAAACUCCGCCGAUCAUCAAUCAAUACACACUCGCGCUGGGCUCUUUAGCUGUGUGAGUGUGUGUGUGAAUGAAGCGAACAGAGCAAAACACGGCAAGCUACUAACCACUUAAUUUGGGGUGGACGAAACUGUGUGGCCCAACCUGUCAAAAGUGCGGCAGCAAAGCUAAAUCCUUUUUGCUUUCCUUCGUGUGGUGCGCAGUGAAUCGAUCAAAUCGGAUUUUAUCCUCCCCGCGUAAGAGAUCCCGGUGUACCAAGGACGAAGAGCAGUGAAAGCAGCUUCGGUGUUCGAAGAACAGUUUUUGUUGGUUAUCAAUCAAUCUGCAUCCCCACAUUCAAUCAACCAACAAAGCGAGUGUUCGUGUGGACGAGUGUUGACAGUGUGUACGCGAAGGACCGUCUGCUGUGUCGGCAAGUGGCACGGGCCUUGGGUAGCCGAGCCCUUGGUGGAGAUUUUGAAGCUGCACGCGAAACGCAACCCAAGCACCAGAGCGCCCCGCAAGAAGGAUCGCUUGCCAAGCAUCAACGCACCCGCUGCGAACGAACGGCGUCAAGCGACGAACGCUCGUCUUUCAAGAUGGGACACCCAUCGCAUCCAAAGUACCGCUGUCCGGGUAGAGCAGGUCGCGAGCGGAUCAUGACGCUGUGGGUGAUGGUACUAUUCGUCACCGUCCCCACACUGCCCUUCCCAGGCGUGUCCGCCAUCACGACGACCGACUCGUUGGUGGAGGCAACGCACACGACGCUCCCGGUGACGCUCGGCGAGACGGAGACGACGCCGGACCGCUCAGCCUCCGACCUGAGCGAGGCGGAAACGAAGGACCCCACGCAGCGGCUCGAGAUCAUCAAGCAGAUCCGCAAGGUGAACCAGGACGGUUCGUACACGGUCGGCUACGAGGCGGAGGACGGUACGUUCAAGAUCGAGAGCCGGGACGUGCUGGGCAACAUCAAGGGUACGUACGGGUACAUCGACGCGAACGGCGACAUCAAGCGGGUCUCGUACGGCGGCGGACAGUCGACCGCAACGCUGCCAAUGGUGUCGACCGUGCCGACGCCCGAGGGGGAGAUUGUGCACAUUCCGCCGCGCUUCAACCGCACCCAGCAUCUGCUGAUGCCGACCACACGCCGCCCGCCCAACUAUCAUCCACCGCAGCAGCAGCAGCAGCAGCACCAUUCCCAUCUUCAUCACAACCCGCAGCACGCGAGCACACUGCGCCCGAGCGUCAUUCAGACGAUUCCGCGCAAACGGCACGGCUACUCCACCACCACACCGACCACACCGGCGUCCAGUGGCUCCAGCAGCAGCACGAUGGCAAUGAACGGAGGCAACUCACCAACCACCACACCUACCACCACCACGACCACAACCACCGAAAGCACUGUGACGUCAGCGGCCACCGAAACGGGCGGCCAUCUGGCAGCGGCGUUCGGUGAACCAACAGCCGCCUCGACGCACUCCUCCACCGUGCACACCAAACCCGGCACGCUGCUCAUUAUCCGACCGACGCCCCUCCCCUACCAGGCGGCCAAGACGGCCGAACAGCUUGCCCGGCCCGAGCGGCUCGAGGCGGCUAAGUACACGCACGCCCCGCCCGCCAAAAAGCCCGUCCGCGGUAACUUCCUGCGCCGCCAGCUGGCCCCGGCCGUGAGCGAGUCCGGCGAGCAGUACGAGGCGCAGCCGCAGCAGAUCAUCUACGGCCAGUCGGCGGCCGACGGCGAACUCGGCAGCAUCUUCUCCGGCGGCGCAAAGCCCCUCUACACCACCCAUCCGACGCCGCGCAUCCCAGCCGCCGUGCUGGCGGCCCGGCAGCGUGCCGCCCACAUCCAGAGCGUGCUGCAGGCGGGUCAGGCCGGCCCCGACCGGCUCACCACCGAGCGCGUGUACGUGAAGCAACCGGUCCGACCACAGCCACCAAGGCACGAACCGGCCCCGAUCCUGUACGAAACCUCGACCGAGCCGAGCUCCGAGCACAGCUACGUCACCGACGGACCGGCGUCCUCCUCAGUCGUGCAAAUUCCAGCCGCCAAUCGGGUCCUGGCGACAAGCGAAGCCGAACCGCACGCGGAAGAGCGUCGCCCGAUAUUCCGCCCCCGGCCGAUCGAGUUUCGCCCGCGCGAGGACGGCUCAUCGCAACCGCCGCCGCCCGGACGCUUCCGCACGCCGUACGGAUUGCCGCCGCCAUACGCGAGGUCCUUCACGCCGCUGCCACCACCCGGAGAGCUACCGUACGGUGGGCGUGACCCGGACGACAAGGACCGGGAGGCGGACGAACCGCAGCCGCAUCUCAACAGCCUUCUGCCCUAUCGGCAGCAGCGGCGGCUGAAUCUGCCGCCGGCAGAUCCCGCCUACCAGCCGCAGCAGUCACUCAGCGCAACUCAGCCGCCCCAGCAGCACCAGCCGCAGCAGCAGCAGCAGCAACAGAACUCGUACCCUAUUCCCGUCCCAUACAACCCGGUCGGCUAUCCGCGACUGCCCUCCAGCCCGUACUACUAUGACAUCCCGCCGGAGCGUCCACUGACCGCGCGGGACUUUGAGCGCAUCCUGCAGGUGCUCAUCUUGCGCCAUCAGCAGCAGCAGUUCGCUCAGCAGGCGUCGCGCUACCGUCUCGGUGGCGGCGGCGGCGGCUACGGCGGCUACAAUGGAGCCUUUCCGUACAAUCCCUACUUCCCCGGGCCCUCUCCGGCACCGUACGGACUCGGUGGCCCAUACCUCGGCGGCGGCUACCCUCAGCAACAGAUCCCCCGACCACCACUGCCCUUCCCCUAUCCAGGUGCGGGACCUUACGAUGCGCCCGGCUACCAGAACCCACUCUACAGCCCAUCCGCACCGAGUGCAAGCGUACGGGGUGGCGGCGUAGCUGCUGACGGUGCCCAGUCCGACCCGCUCGACGGUGGCUUCGUGCGCCGCAACGGCCAGUACUACCAGCCGGCGCUCGAUGCGCCCGGUUCGGCCGCCACCGGAUCGCUCCGUUCCGCCGACUAUCUGCCGCCGGACGUGCGCGAAAGCCUGCUCUACCGGAUGCUGAUGCUCGCUAUCCAGGCACCCGGUGCCGGCACGGACGUACUGCCGCCCGGACCGCAGUCCGCCGGCCAGCAGUACCCCGGUCUGCAGCACCUGCAGGGUGCGUCCUCGAUGCCACGGCCCCAAACCCAACCGAGCCAGAUGACAGGCCGCCAGCAGGACGGGCAGAGCACGGUGACGGCCGCCGCCGCCGCCACGAUGCUACCGAUGUACAGCAAAAAGCCGGUGCGAAGUGUACAAAUUCUCGGCGAGGAGUGAAGACCGCGCCGGGUUUCGUUUCUUUUUCUUCUAGUUCGGUAGCGCUGUAAACACGCAGUUUAGGCUUACUAGGAGUGACUAGGUUUAGGUUCUUGGGGUAGGCGGCUUCGGAGCUGCUCCCUUUUUUUGUGUAGCAUUUAGUUUUGUUGUACCUUCCGUAUUCUUUCCCUUUUCCGUUUUGCUUUGAUGGCGUGUAGUCGUGACACUCGAACCACUAGAAUAAGAUGUACCAAAGUUUACCCCCGCGCGUCACAACACCGCACACUCACGAUUACGGUUACUCCACAAGGCCUGUCAAAGCUAGCGACUCGAAAGCGGAAUACGCUGCGAUCCCGAGGGGCAAGAUGCAACUUAAAUACGACGUGUUUCAAACGUAAAAUAAGGGAUAAAAUUCUGAAGAGGGCAAUCUUCCCGGUCGGGCGAUGUGUUUCGUUUAAUCUUGACGCAAAUUUUCACCAACUCUUUUCACCAAU